GGCAGCGGCGGUGGUGGUGAGGUCCAGUGCCUUGGUAUGUGCAGCGAUGGAGCAGGAAAUUCUGUCUCUCGCAGCAGAAAAAGCAACAGGCAGGCUGCGGGAAUUUCUUCAAACCCUGGGGGAAGACGAUCUGGCGAAGCUGCUCCGGAAGGAGGCGGUGAGGGGCAGAGCUGUGGGAGCCCUGCUGAGGGCCCUCUUCAGAGGUUCCCCCUGCUCUGAGGAAGCGGGAGCUCACAGGAGACUAAAGAUAUACAUUUGUUGUAUCCAGUUGGUGGAAUCUGGGGAUUUGCAGAAAGAAGUGGCAUCUGAGAUCAUAGGGCUGCUGAUGCUGGAGGCCCACGCUUUUCCAGGACCAUCCCUAGUUGCGUUAGCCAACGAGUUUGUUGGCGCAAUCAGAAAGGGCAGCCUAGCGAAUGGGAAGUCUUUGGAGUUACUACCCAUCGUUCUCGCCGCCCUCGUUACCAAAAAGGAAAGUCUGGCUUAUGGAAAAGAUGAACUGAGCGGGGAAGAAUGCAAGACACAGCUGAUUAACGCCCUCUGCUCUGCCAGGUGGGAUCAGCAGUAUGUGAUCCAGCUCACCGCCAUGUUCAGGGACGUGCCUCUGACCGCAGAGGAGGCGGAAGUCGUGACGCAGAAAGUGCUGAAGAUGUUCUCCAAGUUGAAUCUUCAAGAGAUACCGCCUUUAGUCUAUCAGCUUUUGAUUCUCUCUUCAAAGGGAAGCAGAAAGAGGGUUUUGGAAGGAAUCAUAGCUUUCUUCAACGACCUGGAUAAGCAGCACAAGGAGGAGCAGAGUGGUGAUGAGCUCCUGGACCUCGUCACCGUGCCGUCGGGCGAGCUCCGGCACGUGGAAGGCACCGCCAUCCUGCACGUCGUGUUCGCCAUCCAGCUGGACUGCGAGCUGGGCAGGGAGCUCCUGAAACACCUGAAGGCCGGACAGCACGGGGACUGUGCUGCCGUGUGUCCCUUCGGCGUGGCCCUGCUGCUCUCCGCGACGAGGAUACAGAGGUUUCGGGAACAGGUGUUUGACCUUUUAAAGGCUUUGGUGUUUAAAAGCUUUAAGGACCUUCAGCUUCUCCAAGGCUCAAAAUUUCUUCAGAAUCUAGUCCCUCAUCGACCUUGUGUUUCAGCCAUGAUCUUGGACGUGGUCAAGAACAGCGUUCACAGCUGGGAUCAUGUGACUCAGGGCCUGGUUGAACUUGGCUUCCUUCUAAUGGAUUCCUAUGGGCCCAAGAAGAUUGUCGAUGGCAGAGCUGUUGUAGCCAGCUCGGGUCCUUCCAGAACUCCGAACCAGCAGGCGUGCCAGCUGGGAGCUAACAUCCUGCUGGAGACUUUCAAGAUCCAUGAGGUGAUCCGACAGGAGAUCCUGGAGCAGGUCCUCAGCAGGGUUGUCGCCAGAGCGUCCUCGCCCAUCAGCCAUUUCUUAGAACUGCUGUCGGAUAUCAUCACGCAUUCACCCUUGGUUCUCCAGAGUUGUUCUUCCAAAGUCACUGAAAGCUUUGACUACCUGUCCUUCCUGCCCCUUCCGGCUGUGCAAGGGCUGCUGAAGGCCGUGCAGCCCCUUCUCAAGGUGAGCAUGGCAAUGAGAGACUCCCUGAUCCUCGUGCUCCGGAAGGCUAUGUUCGCCAGGCAGCUGGACGCCCGGAAGUCCGCGGUGGCCGGCUUCCUGCUGCUCCUGCAGAACUUCAGAGUCUUGGGCAGCCUGUCAUCCUCCCAGUGCAGCCAGCCCGCCAGCCUCAGCCAGGUCCACGUGGACGUGCACGGCCGCUACAGCUCCGCCGCCAACGAGGCUUUCUGCCUGGAGAUCAUGGACAGCCUGCGGAGGUGCCUGGGCCAGCAGGCGGACGUCCGACUCCUGCUGUAUGAGGGGUUCUACGACGUUCUCCGGAGGAACUCGCAGCUGGCCAGCUCCAUCAUGCAGACGCUGCUGUCGCAGCUGAAGCAGUUCUAUGAGCCGCAGGCUGACGUGCUGCCCCCCCUGAAGCUGGAAGCCUGUGUUCUGACCCACGGAGAUGAGAUCUGCCUGCAAGAGCCACUGGACCAUCUGCUGUGCUGUGUUCAGCACUGCCUGGCCUGGUACAAGAGCAGGGUGAUGCCCCUGCAGCAGGAGGAGGAGGAGGAGGAGGGAUUCUACCAGGAGCUGGACGACGUGCUGGAGUCCGUCACGAACAGAAUGAUCAAGAGCGAGCUGGAGGACUUCGAGCUGGACAAGUCAGCGGACUUUUCUCAGAGCACCGGUGUCGGCCUCAAGAAUAACAUCUGUGCUUCUCUCGUGAUGGGAGUCUGUGAGGUGCUCAUGGAGUAUAACUUCUCCACCAGUAACUUCAGUAAGAACAAGUUCGAGGACGUCCUGAGCUUGUUUACGUGUUACAAGAGACUCUCUGACAUCCUUCACGAAAAAGCUGGUAAAGGCAAAACCAAAACGGCCUGCAAGACCACUGACAGUUUUUUGUCCCUGAAGUUCGUGUCCGAUCUUCUCACCGCCCUCUUCAGGGACAGUGCCCAAAGCCACGAGGAGAGCCUGUCUGUGCUCAGGUCCAACGGUGAGUUCAUGCGCUAUGCGGUCGGCGUGGCCCUGCGGAAGGCGCAGCAGCUCAAGGAGACGGGGCGCGUGAGUGGCCCCGACGGCCAGAACGCAGACAAGAUCUUCCAGAACCUCUGCGACAUAACUCGGGUCCUGCUCUGGAGGUACACGUCCGUCCCCACCUGCGUGGAAGAGUCGGGGCGGAAGGAGAGAGGGAGGAGCGUCUCGCUGCUGUGCCUGGAGGGCGUGCAGAGGAUCCUGAGCGCCGUGCAGCAGUUCUUCCCGCCCCGGGUGCCCCUGCUCCUCCGCGCGCUGGACGUCCCGGACAGCGAGGGCGAGGAGGCGGACGUCAGCGUCACCCAGCGGGCCGCGUUCCAGAUCCGGCAGUUCCAGAGGGCCUUGUCGAACUUGCUCAGCAACCAGGAGGAAGACUUCAACAGCAAAGAAGCCUCCCUCCUCGUCAGCAUCCUCUCCGGCCUGUCCAGGCUGCUGGAGCCCGCCUCCCCUCAGUUUGUGCAGAUGCUGUCCUGGACGACCAAGGUUUGCAAGGAGAACAGCCGGGAGGACGCCCUGUUCUGCAAGGGCCUGAUGACCCUGCUGCUCAGCCUCCACGCUGCGUGCAAGAGCCCCGUGGCCCUGCUGCGCGACCUGUCCCAGGACGUGCACGGGCACCUGGGAGACAUAGACGAGGACGUGGAGGUGGAGAAAACCGACCACUUUGCGAUGGUGAAUUUCAGAACAGCGGCCCCUACUGUGUGUUUGCUGAUUCUGAGUCAGGCUGAGAAGGUUCUAGAAGAAGUGGACUGGCUAAUCACCAAGCUCAAGGGACAAGUGAGCCAAGAGACCUCGUCAGAAGCCUCUUCCCAGGAGACCCCUCCCAACCUCCCCGGGGAGAAGGCCGUCGUCCUGCAGCUGGGCACGCUGCUGACGCUCUUCCACGAGCUGGUGCAGACGGCCCUGCCCUCGGGCAGCUGCGUGGACGCCUUGCUGAGGGCCCUCUGCAAGAUGUACACCGUGCUCACGGCCCUCGUCCGAUACUAUCUCCAGGUGUGUCGGAGCUCCAGCGGGAUCCCCAAAAUCAUGGAGAAGCUGGUGAAGCUGUCGGGCUCGCACCUGACCCCUCUGUGCUACUCCUUCAUCUCGUACGUGCAGAACAAGAAGAGCAGGAGCCCCAAAUGCACGGGAGGGAAGAAAAAGGCCACGUCUGCUGUCGCCGUGGCCAUGGCCAAAGUUCUUCGGGAAACCAAGCCAAUCCCAAAUCUCGUCUUCGCCAUUGAACAGUAUGAAAAGUUUCUCAUCUUCCUUUCCAAGAGGUCCAAGGUGAACCUGAUGCAGCACAUGAAGCUCAGCACGUCCAGGGACUUCAAGAUCAAAGGAAACAUCCUGGACAUGCUCCUCCGCGAGGAGGGCGAGGAGGAGGAGGAGGACGACGGGGAGGACGCGGCACCGGAGCCCGGGGGGCAGAGCAGAGAGCCAGCCAAGAAGAGAAGGAAGAAAGAAUGAAAUGCCUGAGUUAAUGCGAACUUUGGGGCUUCUGCUGUCUUCUCACCCAACAAGCCACAACCCCCUGG